AUGCGCCCUGCUCCGUCCGCGACAGCCGCGCCGCUGCCAGACUCCGCCGCGCCGCCUCCCGGCCCGCCCGCGCGGAGCGGAGCGCGGGCCUGGGGCCACCUCCGUGAGGAGGCGCCGGCGGGCGGCGCGGGGAUAGGUGGAGAAGACUCGCGGAAAGGCGUUACCGAAACUUCGGGGCCGCGGCCGUGGCGCGGCGAGGAGGCGGCCGAGAACGUUCGGGGCGGCCGCCCCCCGUCCCGCCGCGGCGCCGCGCCCCGCCGGAGCCCCGUGCCAACGGGAGGCCGCGAGGAGCGGCGGCAAAUCGGUGACGGCGCAGUGCGGGCGGGUAAAUGGCGCCGUUGCGCUGCGCUCGGCACGCCGCCCGCUUCCCGGGCCGGAGGGGCUUUAUCCGAUCCCGGCCGCGUACCCACGGGAGGCGGCGCGUCGCCGGUGCUGUUGGCGGAAGGUACCGCUGUUUAUGUAACGGCGCCGCGGGGCCGCGCUCUGAACAGGCCGUCACGGGCUGCUCAGACACGAGCACGCCGGCAGGCAGAGUGCGGCGGUGCGCGCGGUCCUAACCCCGUCACGAGGAAGGAGCCUGCCGCUCUGCAGGUGGUGUGCCUGUCCUGCGGGCCGCACGCUUUGCAAGAGCUGUUCUCGAAUAUAAAGAUGAACCCGAGACCUGACAGUGACUUCUCUGUUCCUAGUUAGUUAUGAAAGUCUGUCUGGGAGAAGAAUGGAGAUCUGUAUAUUAAAGGGAAGAACAAAGGAGAGUGAAGAUUGGAGACAGUACAAGAGCAGGUAAGAAUGAGAGACACCAUGCUGGAAACGAAAAAACAAGAAACAAAAAACCCAGAGUUAAUACUUAUCCACGGGAGAAAAUUCAGGCCAAGGAAUGUGAAAUGGGGGCUCCUGGCAGCUAGUGGGAAGUCUAGUUGACUGAAUCAGUUCUUUUUCGUCCUCGUGGCUACUGCAGCUUUUGCUGAUAGCUGUUGUAGUACUUCAAAACUCAUUUCUAUGCAGUGUUUCAUCAGGUAGGUGUUUUUGGUAGAUUCCGCAUAAGUAACUUCAUGUAGAAGCUGUUGUGACUACAGCUGGAUAAAGGAUGAUCUCAGGGAUAAAUGAAAUUGCAAAGAGAUUGUAAACAACUCACCCUCUUAACACACUAUCUUGGAUUACUUACACUGCUACACUAUUUUCUAUUACAGUCAAGGCAGUGAUAAUUAAUUUAAGAAACAAGUACUUUACCAGUUCUGUGAUACUGGAGAGGUUAAAGCUGAACUGAGGAAAGUCAGCCAAGAGAUCUCAAAUUUCAGUCAUUAAGAAAGUGUCAUUUUCCAGGCAGUGUUAUUCAACGUGUAGGUGGAUUGUUUCUUUUACACUGUGGGAUCAUUUUACUCAAGAACCUUUCUGACUAUUAACAGGCACUGGUGAGUAGAAAAUCUGCUGUGAAAAGGACUGAUAUUUAUCAUGAGCCUUGCAAGGAACUAGAGCAUCACACAGAUCAGUCAGGUUCAAGCAUACUGGUUUUUAUGUCAUGCUGUCUGACCAGACUUUGACAGAGACCCUUAGGAAAAUAAAGCACUGAUUUAAAAAAUAAGCAAACAAAAAUAAUUGUACAAAUGGGAGUUGAGGCAUCACAGGUAGAACUUUGUCUGUUUCUGAAAGCACACACAUUUGAUAUAGGUCUGUCUUAGGAAAUUAUUUCCUUUCCAGUUUAGAUAACAGCAAAUGAAUUCCUGCCAAAGGGUACUGGAACUAUACUGUGCACAACCAUCACAUUUUUCUUGUUCAUUUCUUUUGUGUGUUGUGUUAAAGAAAACAGCAUUGAUUGGCUCUGGGUGCUAAACUGGGUUUGUAAACUGUACAGACACUUCUGCUGAGAUCCCUAAUGCUGCCCUUCUUUUCAAGUAUGCAGAGCUAUGUUGACAAAUGAUGUUAGAACUUCUGUCUCAGCAUGCCACAAUUGUGAACCUUUUUUUCACUAGUGUAAUUUGGCCAAGCAGCCAAAUUCUUGCAACACAGACGAUCUCCACUUUGAAAACACAAAGGCCUACAAUUACCCUAAUGCAGUAUGCUCAUGGCAUAUUUCUCCUAUGUGGUCUAUCUAGUGGAAGUGUUGAAUCUGUUGACAUGGUAAAUCUCCUUUUCCCUGAACUGCAUGAAUUAAUUGCUGGAAGUUAAUUGGAAGUGGUAUUUCCAAGGCCUUCUAUGACAACGUUUUCAACAUGAAUGAUGACAGGCAUGUUUAAAAACUUUUGGUUUUCAAUUCAGUUUCCAUGUACUAAAAAUUUCUUCUUGAAAAUUUCAAGCUUUCCCAAAAAAUGCAAUGAAAAUAAGCAGUGACUUAUCCUUGUAACAACUUGUUCAGCAACUUCAUGUAGGUGGAAAUGUUUGCAGGAGAUUGUCCUUUGAUUUCUAAUACAAGUAGAGCUUUGUAAAUGUGUUCAAAUGACAUGCAUAUUGAUUUGUUUGUGCCUAGAUCUUACUCAGGAUUGGAUACAUAUACAAACCUCAUGUUACAUCUAAAGUAUUGUACAAUAAACAGCUUUAAAGAUUUGUUAAGAUUUCUCAUCCCGUGGAAACUCUGCCAUCCAUUUAAUCAUAGAACUUCGUAAUGCAACUCUUUUUGUCCCACCUUAAAAACACAAUAUAAAUCCACUACAGCAUCUGUCUGUGCUAGUUUUGCCUUGCAGGUAGGUUGUUGAUUGGGUAGAACUAUGACUUUAUUUUGUUUCUUAAAAGCCAGGUUUUAUUUUUGAUUCACGCAUUUCACUAGUCAUCUUCUUCAAGGUCCACUCUCCACACCUAUUUUUUGGCCAAAUUUAAGACAGUAAGAUGGGACCAAAUAGUGGCUGAGUCACUUAUGUUGUGUGCCAACAAGUUGCUCAUUUGCUGAUUGGCCACCUGCCUUCAAUCUAGAUUGUAUCAUUCCAGGGAGCUGCUCCAGCUGGCCAGAGAUUGGGGAAUAAGAGCUGUAGUCAAGGAUACCUGCAAAGUGCUGGGAGCUGCAGUGAAGAGUCUGUGAAGAGAAGCGCAGAAAAAGGCAAAUUAGAGGGAAGGCAAGGGAAAAAUAAAAGUGAUGAGCCAAUUUCUGAUCUCAGCAUCACUGAUGUCACCAAUCAGAAUCUGGUCCACAGAGUGCUAGGGAAAGAAGAGAGAAACAGGUCAGAGGGAAGAUAUGUGGAGGUGACAGAGGGGAGAUAAUUAAUCAUUCCUCAACUGUAAUCUUAAUGACUACUCUGCUUUAAUACUUGUAAUGCCUCUUACAAAGCCAAGAGAACAAAAUAAAUAAAAUUUUCCAAAGAGUCUGGCAUGUCUCUCGUAGCAGCUCCAGCAGUGAUUUUUACUGAUGGCAGACUCAACCGCAGAAAAGCAACGUGCACAGAGGUAAUGUGAAAAAAAAUAUAUUUAAAUAUCUUCAUGCUUAGGGUGAAAUUACCCAGUAACAGACUGCUGUCUACUGAAGACUUAUCUUGUGCCAUUUCCUAAGCAUUUCUGAGGUUGUUUAAAUUGCUUGCAUGCUAAAGACAAAACAAUGCCAAUAGCCUUUUUUUUUUUUUUUUUUUUUUGUAUUUUAACGGGUUCGAUUGCAAUGUCUUAAAAUGUAUUCCCCAUACGGAAAAAAAAGAAAAAAAAAAAAAAAAAAAAAAGAAAAAACCCACAAAAAGGCAAAAAUGUAGCCUUCCUAAAAUAUUCUCUUCUGAAAAAGUGUAUGUAUUGGAAUUCUUUCAACAAAUCAAAAUAAAAGAAAGCAAAUUUUACGUUUUGUGCAAGAAUUUCUUAGUUAUUUCACUGAAAGUAGCCCUUUCUCUAAUAAAAUAAGAAACUUCCGAAUGUAUUUUUCAAGCUAAAAAUAUCAUUUUUAAUGAAUUGUUCACUUAUAAUUACUCAUUUUCAAAAUCUUUCAUUUUAUAAACAUUUGCCCCAGCACCAUUUUUUUUGUGGCUGAUCUGCAGUGAUAUGCUCGUGACCGACCGGCUUCUUUCCGCAUCUGCAGUACUGCGUCCAGGCCUGGGGCCCCCAGCACAAGAAGGACAUGGAGCUCUUGGAGCGGGUCCAGAGGAGGGCCACUAAGAUGGUCAGAGGGCUGGAGCACCUCUCCUGUGAAGAAAGGUUGGGGGAACUGGGCUUGUUUAGCUUGGAGAAGGCUGCAGAGAGACCUCAUUGUGGCCUUCCUCAACUUGAAGGGAGCGUAGGAACAGGAGGGGGAACAACUGUUUACAUGAGGGUGGACAGUGACAGAACAAGGGGGAGUGGUUUUAACUAAGACAGGGGAGAUUGAAUUUAGAUAUUAUGAGAAAAUUUUUCACUCAGAGAGUGGUGACGCAUUGGAACAGGUUUCCCAGGGAGGCUGUAGAUGCUGGUAUGAUUCAGUAUUAAAAAUACACAUCAGAAGGUAAAACAGUGCUCCCUAGAGAAGACACCAUUGUCUGAAGUAGAUUCUAAAACAAGGCUUUGGAAUUCUUUGUCCACAAUUUGGAGAGCAAGUAUCUGGUUUUCAGAAAAGCUGUGUCUGAGAAGUCCCACUGAUCUCAGGAAAAGUCAGCACUGUCUCCUUUUCCUUCCAUGUGGAUCCUUGAGGCCUGAUCUAAUAAUAAGAUUUGCUGUGUUGUUUUUCUCACCAUUGCAUUAGAAUCUGCAGUAUAGUUUGUGGGUUUUUUGCCUUAAUUCCUUUGAAAAAAUGAAAUGAUACAUAGUGAAUUUAAAGAAUAUAUACCACAAAUUCAUCAUAUACAUUUUUCUAUGAGGCUAAAAUUUUAUUUGACCUAUUAGAAAGAAUGGUAAUUGGUGUCAUUCAAAUUAGUAUAUCUUCCAAGAGAGUAAUCGGGAUGUGUACAAUAUUUUUCUUUCAUUCACGUGAUUGUACAACAUUAUCUUGUGUUUUCUCUACAAAAAAGAGCAAAAAACAAAAAACAAACAAAAAAAAACCCC